AUGGGGGGGAGGGGGCCGGUGCUGCUGCUUGUGGGGGGAGGGGGGGCGGCGCGGCUGCUUGUGAGGGUGGGCGGCACUGCUGCAGCGCCCCCAAAGAAUGUCCGCAAGAAAACCAUGGGUCAUGGCUUAGAGAAGAUGCUAAAUAGAGGAAAGAAGCUGGCUAUCCAAGUGGCUGAAGGGAAGAAAAUACCUGAUGUCCCACUUCAGGCAGCGAAGCUGGCAUCAGAAACUAGUGUUGCCCUUAGAGACAACAUGCCCAUCUACACAUCAUGGAAGCUUUAUGACAAUGAUGCGGGAAAGUCAAGGUUGGAUGUGGAUGUUAAGAAUGAGGCACCAAGUAAAGCUGCAUGCAUUGAUAUCAUUAAGAGGGGAGUAAGGCAGACGAGGUAUCACCUAAAAAAGAAGUACUUCGAUGAGUCACUGACAGAAGAACAGCUGUUGGCCAAGCAACCUCCACCUAAAAUGAAGAAAGAGGAAUGGACCAAGCUGGUAGAGUACUGGUGUGACCCAAAGAAUCAGGUCCAUGCCUGA